AUGCCCCGGUGGAGGCCGCUUGCCCUCGUCCUGCUCGGGCUCGCCGCCUGCCUGCUGGCCGCGCCGGUGCUGGGCUGCGGCCCGGGUCGGGGCCCGGUGGGGCGGCGGCGGCUGGGGCGGCGGCAGCUUUCGCCUCUGCUGUACAAGCAGUUCGUGCCCAACGUGCCCGAGCAGACGCUGGGGGCGAGCGGGAAGGCAGAGGGCAAAGUGCUGCGGGGCUCGGAGCGCUUCAGGGACCUGGUGCCCAACUACAACCCCGACAUCAUCUUCAAGGACGAGGAGAACACGGGGGCGGACCGGCUCAUGACCGAGCGCUGCAAGGAGCGUGUGAACUCGCUGGCCAUCGCGGUGAUGAACAUGUGGCCGGGGGUGAAGCUUCGGGUGACAGAGGGCUGGGACGAGGAUGGGCACCACCUCCCUGACUCUCUGCACUAUGAGGGCCGGGCGCUGGACAUCACCACGUCCGACCGCGAUCGCCACAAGUAUGGCAUGCUGGCACGGCUGGCUGUGGAGGCUGGCUUCGACUGGGUCUACUACGAGUCCAAGGCUCACAUCCAUGUUUCCGUCAAAGCAGAUAACUCGCUGGCUGUCCGCACCGGUGGCUGCUUUCCCGGCCACGCCACCGUGACACUGGAGAGCGGAGAGCGCCGGGGCCUGGCUGACCUACGCCAGGGUGACUGGGUGCUGGGUGCCGAGCCAGGUGGGCGCCUGGUGCCCACUGAGGUGCUGCUCUUCCUUGACCGGGACCUGGGCCAACGUGCCUCCUUCGUGGCAAUUGAGACAGCCAGCCCAGCCCGCCGGCUGCUCCUCACCCCGUCCCACCUGGUGUUCACGGCCCGUGGGGCGACCAAUGGCUCGGCCGCCUUCCUGCCCAUCUUCGCCCGCCGUGUGCGCCCAGGUGACGCCGUGCUGGCCCAUGGGGCUGGCGGGCAGGGGCUGCGCCCCACGCGGGUGCUGAGAGUGUCUCGGGAGGAUGGUGUGGGGGUCUUUGCCCCCCUCACCUCCCAUGGCACCUUGCUGGUCAAUGGGGUGCUUGCAUCUUGCUACGCCGUCCUGGAGAGCCACCGCUGGGCUCACCGGGCGUUUGCCCCCCUCCGCCUCUUCCACGGGCUCCUCUCGCUGCUGCCGGCCCACCCCGAGGUGGGCAAUGGGACGGUGCCAGAGGUGGGCAUGCACUGGUACUCCCGUCUGCUCUACCGGCUGGCCGGGGGCGUGCUGGGCCAUGAGGCCCUGCAGGUGUAGGGGUCCCUGCCCCUCCAGUUACCACAUGGCAGGUGAUGCCGCACACUGGAUGUUGCGCAAGGGGCUCCAGCCCUGGGCACCCCUCGGACCCGGGGAGGAGGGACAGGGGGACCCCUGGUGCUGUGGGGAGGUUGGUGCUCAGCACUGCCCUGGCGCACGGGGUGGUGGGGAUGGGAUGGAGUAGCACAGGGUGGCCCAGGGACUUGGCUCAGCCCUGUCCUUUGUCCUAGAGCCCCCCACAGCCAGGUCCCCAUGCCUGGUUCCCCACAUGCUCUCCCAGUAUUUAUUGCUUUAUUAACCACUGCACUGGGGCCAGAGUUGGUGCCUGUCAAGCCCCAGCCAGGCACCACCAGACCCUGUCCUGGGGCCAAAUCCAGCUGGGGGAUGCCAAAAACAUCCCAACACUGAGCAUUUGGCAGCAGUUCCUGUCCGUCCCCCUUUUCUGUCUGUCCCUGUCACAUACAGUGUUCCUAUCCCUGCACCACAGGGCAGCUGGACAGGGCGUCUGCCAUGGGCACAGGCAUUCUGUGCCAGGUCCAACUCUAACUGUGCUAACCGCUAA